UGGCGACGUGCAAGCUGUCACCACUUUAGAGUCUAAAUCCCCAUUUCAGCCUCAAGGUCAACACUCCUUUCCUACCUGGGGGUAGUAGGAGAUUGUCAGGAAGUUUCCACAUGCCUCAGCAUCUCAGUGCAUGCUGCAAUAAAACCCAAAGGGUACCACCACAAGAACAGAAAUAUUUGAAUAUUUGGGGGGAAGUCUUAACCAGGACUGAGUUAAAAACAGUAAUCCCAAGGAUUAUUUUCUAAAGCAAAAAACAUUACUGGACCUCAACAAGAAUCAGAUCAGAAUACAGCUUCUACUUAUCACCAUUUGUCUUCACCAUUCAGUUACUGAACCGGCCUUGGACAUUCUAGCAAACAUUGGCACUAGAUGUCCAGUCUUGAUCUUAAAGGCCACAAGCAAUGGAGAAUUCACGUGAUACCCAGAUCCCCGGUGUGUAACUGAAGAGGGCUGCAGAGCAUAGAGGGGAAAGGUAAUUUCCAUUGAAAUGAGUCCUGUGGGCAGUCAAGACAAGAGGCCCUGUCUGCUGUGAGCAGGCUGGAUGACUGAUGCCAGCAGUGGAGAAGAGCGAUGCACAAACAUAUCACCCACCCUAGAUGAGUCAGACCCUGAAUUGUAUUACGAGGAAGAUGAAGAAGAGGAUGAGGAUGAGGAGUCCGCUAAUUAUUCUGUUCUCAGGAGCAUCCUGUCUGAAGAGAAAGAAAGUGAUGAUGCAGAUAUCAGGAGCAUCCUAUCUGAAGACUCUAUCUACCCUUUCUAUGAGCCAGAUCUGUCUGACGAGGAUACUGACACAGAUCUCACACUCUACUGCUGCUGUGUCAAGAACAAUGCCAAAGUUCUUCAAAAGAAACUGGACAACGGGGUAACUCGGGAAGAAGUUAUGGAACUGGACAUCAAUGGACGGAAUGGUCUAAUAGCAGCAUGUUACAAAGGCUUCGUAGACAUUGUCAUCAUUCUCAGCAAAUGCCCCUUCAUAAAUGUCAACCAUCAGGAUAAUGAUGGAAACACAGCACUCAUGAUAGCUGCUCAGGCAGGUUUCACCACUAUUGUAAACUAUCUUCUGAACUACUACCCAGCACUAGAGAUUGAGACACAGGAUGUCCGGGGUCUGACUGCACUCAUGAAGGCUGCAAUGCAAGGGCAGAAUGACUGUGUCUCAGCCUUGCUCAUGGCAGGUGCUGACCUGAAAGCUGUGGACCCAGUGAAAAGGAAGACAGCACAGGAGUGGGCACUCUUGACUGGCCGUUUUGAAACCAUUGUGCGGAUCCGAACCCUUCUGCAGCGUCCACGUGCCGAGCAAUUCAGUAACAAGUAUUUGCCUGAAUGGCCUGCACUGCCUGGGCUGGUGGCACAAGAACUGGAAAAAUCUGGGGCUGAGUGCCUAUCGGAGAAAAUCCGUGCCAUGUUCACUAUCAGAUUUCCACAUGAUCCUGAGCCAGAUGGUGUGUUGGAUCACAUGGUGCGCAUGACCACUUGCUUGGCUAGUCCCUUUGUGGCCACUGCUUGCCGAACCAUCUGUCCUGAGAAUACACCAAAAGUGGGCAAGCACAGACUCUCAGUGCCAGAGAUCCUCAACGAGUACAUACCAGACCCUGAUGCCAAAUCCAUGGCUAGCAGAUCCUCUUGCAGUAGCCAACUCAUGACACCAAACUGGGUUCUGGUGCCAUACAAACCCCACAGCACCAUCGUGAAAUUGCUCUCCCUUCCUUUCCGCUUGCAUCGCAACAUUGUUUACCCUGGUAGCAUCCCAAAAAUCAGACUCACCAAGGCGCCUGCCCAAAGGUCAGAGAAGCCGCCGGAGCCCCCCACGCCCUCCCAGAAUACACUGACAUUGCCUCGGUGGCGAUACCAGGAACUCCGGGAAGCAAGAAAGAAAGCUGAAGAGCCAGUAGUAAAGCCCAAGAAGAAGUGCAAUAAAAAGAAGAGGGAGGGGAAACCCAGAAAGCCAUAAUCUGAGGGGUAGGCAACACUACAAACACCCAUUUUGAAAUCCAAACUGAUUCAGAGGGCCACUUUAUAUAUAGGGUCACCAGGACUGUGUUGGAAAAUACCUGGAGACUUUGGGAGUGGGGGGAGGGGAGGGGCCUCAGCAUGGUACAAUGCCAUAGAGUCCACCCUUCAAAGCCGCCAUUUUCUCCAGGGGAACUGAUCUCUGCCAAUGGGAGAUCACUUGUAAAAGCAGGAGAUCUCCAGGCCCCACCUGGAGGUUGGCAACCCUACACAUUACAAAGUCCUCCUGUUUGUUGGAUGGUGACAUGGGAGCCGUGAAGCAGACAUGUGGGAGUUUUGCAUGUCCCAGACUCCUGUGUGCCCUUUUCUUUUUGUGACUGAGGUACGUGGGCAAAAGCAGCUGCAGCCUUCUCCUCCAUGCAGCUUUCUCCUUCUUUGCCUGCCAGCCUCAAGCUACCAUUGGCUUCAUUGCAAAACCACAUGAUUUCAUUGUAACCACAUGAUUUUGCAAACCCUAAUCCCAAACCCUUCAGAUUAA